AAACGUUCGAGUCCCAGCGAGACCGUCGAUUUUCGCCUACUGUCCGUCGCACGCGUCGCAACUUAAAGAUGGCGUCGCCCUGGUCGCGCAUGCCGUGGGCCUCUCUGGCGAAGGCGAGCGGCGCGAGCGUGUCGCGGUUCGCGAGCCUCGCGUUCGCCGAGCGGCAUGCGGGAGCUCGGACAUUUCACUCGUGUCAGCAACAGCAACAGCGGCAACAGCAGCAACGGCAGCAGCAACAGCAGCAUGGACGAAGAGUCGGAAGCGGCGGAGCGAGGGAGUUCCUAACCUAUACCGUGUUCGCCUCGGCGGCAGGUCUCGCCUUGUACGACUGGUGGAGCGACGACCGGAGAAUUGUAGGUCUAGCCGUCCCAAACUGGCCUGCCGUUCGCGCUAUCUCGCCGCCGUCCGAUGGCAAUCGGAACAGGGACAAGUACAAUUUUAUAGCGGACGUGGUGGAGAUAUCCGCGCCAGCUGUUGUGUACAUCGAGAUCAAGGAUAGCAAUAAAAUAGACUUUUUCACGGGAAAGCCGAUGACUACCAGCCAUGGAUCAGGGUUUAUCAUCAAUCAAGACGGUUUAAUACUGACGAAUGCUCAUGUUGUAGUAAACAAGCCUAACAUAUUGGUGAAGGUAAACGUGCGGCUUUAUGAUGGUAGCACAUAUACUGGAAUGGUAGAGCACGUCGACUUGCAAAGCGAUCUUGCUACUGUGAGAAUAAAUAAGACCAAUCUACCGGUGAUGAAGCUCGGUUGUUCGGCUAAUAUCAGACCGGGAGAGUUUGUAGUGGCUAUCGGUUCCCCGUUGUCUCUCAGCAACACCAUAACGAGUGGAGUGGUGAGCAGCGUAAGCAGACAAAGCCAAGAACUUGGUUUGAAUAACAAACGUAUGGAAUACAUUCAAACGGACGCGGCGAUCACUUUUGGAAACUCGGGCGGACCGCUGGUGAAUUUGAACGGAGAGGCGAUAGGCAUAAACGCAAUGAAAGUGACGCCCGGUAUUUCCUUCGCCAUACCCAUAGAUUACGCGAAAGAGUUCUUGAAGAAGGCGGAAUCACAUAAGAAAAACAAAGAUGUUACGUUUAGAGAAGCACUCAAGAGAAGAUACAUGGGCAUCACGAUGCAAACGCUGACUCCGGAAAUCUUAAAUGAGAUGCAACAGUCCAAUGAGUAUGUGAACGUUCGGCAUGGAGUUCUCAUAUGGAGAGUAGUGAUCGGCUCUCCGGCUUAUCGUGCUGGGUUGAAGCCUGGGGAUGUAGUGACGCAUGCUAAUGAGAAGCCGGUACUGGAUUCGAGCAAUAUUUAUGCAAUCUUAGAACAAUCAGAAAAGAUAAACUUACAAAUUAUAAGGAAGGAUCGAGUUUUAUACGUACAAGUCAAGCCUGACGAUAUAUAGUUGGGUUUGUUGAACCAUUUCGAUUGGAUGAAAAAUUCUACGGUACAAAUCAACGAAAUGGUAACGUUUAUAAAGUGAAUUUAUUAAAUUUUCCACGCUACUGUAAUAUAGAUCCUGAUAUAAAUUUAGUAAUUGUUAAGCGUUAUACGGUAUAUACAAUUUAUUUUUAUUAAAUCUUUUUCUUUGAGAACGUAUCGCACGUAGCUCGUUAGUAACGUUGGUGCCUUCAAUAUGUUCCGAGCGCCGGGUUUAUUCGUAAAAAAAGAAGCCCUACAAUAAAGAAGGAACGACGGGAAUCGCGUUUAUCGUUUAGCGCACUUUAUACCUGGUGAGCCGGCUCAUCAGUCACACCAUCGAGCCCCCAGUAUACACGCCUUUUGGUUGUAUAUCCAUUUUAAUUUAAAUAUACACGAUAAAGGACCA